UAUUCGCCAACAGGUAGACGUCGUUAUCGUGCGCGAUCGUUUUCCUCUGUUUCGUCGCCGAACAUUUUUAUUCCAUAUUAUAUUAUUAUUUUAUUGUGUUAGUUAUUAUUUUUAGUGUUUUUACUAUUAACGGCGUUUACUGCAAUAAUACGAAAUAUCUUUAAUCGACAGUUCGUCGCCGUCGCUUUAUUGGUUUUUUUUUUUUAUGAUCGACAUGUUAGCGGUGCUGUUGUCAUCGCAAGUGCGUGCCAAUGGUUCCGAUAUUUCAUCUAGGCUUUUGGUUUUCAUGACGAUAUAAUGUCAUAAAUGUUACGCGAAACGUAGUAAAAUUAUAACUAAUAAAUCGAUUCGUGCGGUUUAUAUUUAUUUUUUUUCAUUGUUCCUCUUGAAUAGCAAUUUCCCGAGUGAGCCCACAGUGAUUAAAAAAUAUGUAUUACAUUAAAUUAAUUGUACAUCGUGUCAUGUAAAUAUAAUGCCUGCGUUUUAUUGAAAUUGUAUUAAUGUACCGACGAACGUGUAACAGCUAUCACGCUACUCUUAGUCGUCCAACGAAUAAAGUGCCGUUUUUAACGACUUGAACGAUUGUUGACCCCCUUCCCGGUAAACGAUCAAACAGCGUCUUGGACAAUGGCGAACCCAAGAAAAUUUAGCGAAAAGAUUGCUUUGCACAAUCAAAAACAAGCAGAAGAAACGGCUGCUUUCGAAAAAAUUAUGCGCGAGGUUUCUGAUGCCACUAAUGUUAAGUUGAUGGCUAAUGGUUGUGAAGAAGUGGUUGUUAAUCCAAACCAACAAGUCCGAGGUCACAGAGAACGUGGUCGUAGUGUUGGUUCAGUAGGUCCAAUGCGAUCAGAAAAACGAUCAUCUGAUAAGUCACCCUACUCUAGCGGUCCUUAUUUAUCACCUCCUCCUCCUGAUACUAGCUGGAGACGUACUCAUUCAGACUCAGCUUUACACCAGAGUGUUUCGCAGAGCAGUUCUACUGAAUCGUUGGCACAUUUACACAGUCCUGGAUCUCAGCGCAGAACGUUAAUUGAUAACCAGCAGUAUGAUAAGAAAAGAUACUUAUCAACAUCGCCGGAUAAAAGACCUAGGUCUUGCUGUGACGUACCUAGAGUUCCUGGAAUUCAUGUUUUUACCACUCAACAAGAACCAGGCGUUGUUCAAAUACCCAUUGGCAACAAUACUGGUUCAUUACCUGACCUCACUAAUUUUCAGUUUUCUCAGCCAAUCCACGCUCCUCUUGAUCAGGAUGACCAGUAUAAUUUAUCAUCUCCUUAUAAUAGCAACAGCCCACUAACAACAGAUGGUUGUAGUCCUCAAGGUUCUCAAGGCUCUCAAGGUACUCCGAGCCAGAGUCCAAGUGUUCUAUCCCCAGUAUCAAUUAACAGCCGUACACCACCUACACGAUUUUCAUUUACAAGUUCGCCACCACCUGAUUCUCCUAAUCAAACUACCUUGGUCACUUGUGACAUUGUGUUACCAAAUCACCUUAGUGUUCCUUACUUUAUGAACCAUAGGUUACAACGCACAUGUAAGGGAUUUACUGUAGAUAAUAGUCCAGGGAAUGGUAAUUCAGGAGAUAACUGCAAUAAUAACAGAAAAAUGCAAAUAUUAGGCCAAAAUUCAAAUAUGAACUGUGUAACUGGCCAAAUGAAUGGUAUAAAAAUGAACCCUGUACAAACAGUUAUGUAUCAGCAUAUUCCAUUGUCACCAGCACAACAACAAACUCACCAGUCGUGUAGUAUUGUUAAUGGCCAAACUGAAAUAAAUUCCUCGCAUUUAAACAUAGGAAAUUCCCAACUUAACAAUAUAAACACCUUAGGCUCAUAUAGAAAUCAACAAUCUAAUAGGCCAAGUCCACAAUCAUCUCCAGGACUUACAAUUCAAUAUGGAAGUUCCAGUCCAUUAUGCGGAAGUCCACAGAGUCCAUCCUCGCCUAGCAAUUCUUCUGUUAGUAGCACUAAUCAACAUCAAAACUAUCAAACGCACAAAGAUUUUUAUUCAAAUCUGACACAAACUAACAAUCUUCAACACCACUUUGAAAAUUUCUCUAUGGAUAUGAUGCUGGACUGGAAUCAGGUGAUGCAAUCGCUUAAAGAUUCAAAUCCAUCAGCUUGGAUAACUGCCCAAAUCCAGCUUGAUAGUCCUUUGUCUACAGGAUUAGAAUACAUGGGCUCUCCAACUAAUACAUACUUGCAACAGACUGAAGAAUAUGUAAAUUCAGAAAUGACAGCUGAUAUGGGAUAUUUUAGCACUUCACCAUCACAGUCUCUUCAAUUUCCCAACCAGACUCAUACAACACCUAAUACUCCUUCCAGUAUUCCCGACAUAAUACUUACAGAUUUUUCUAAUGGAGAUCAAUUAGAUAACCAAAAUGAUUUUGUGAAAGAAUUAAAUUCCACAAAUGCAUUUGAUGCAGACUUCUUCGCCACUGAAGACAGCAUUAGGCAGGGUCUUGUUGAUCAGAUUGAUCUAGAUCACUUGGAACAUUUACAAAUGUUAGCUGAACCAAUCAACAAUGAAUCAACUAACAAUGAUCACAAUCGUCACUUUCAAAUGUAAUUAAUUAUAUUGACAUUUUUUAUUCUUUUUUUUUUUAUCUGUGAUUAAUUGAUGAUAUAUAUCCUUAGGAUUGGAUAGUAAUAGUUAUUAUUUUUAUUACACAAAAGUGCCAGAACGUUUUGAUUAUAACUAAGCUGUUGUAAUUUUUCUUGCUAUUUUCUUUUUUCAGUGCCAAAGACUUAAAUUUAUACUUUUUUCUUAGUACAUUAAAUUUGUGUUGUUUUUUUAUGUAGUUACCAUCCGAUAUUCUAAUCAUCGUUGCAUUUUAUAAUUAAUAAUAUACCUUUUUCAUAUUUCAGAAUUCUUUUUAUAAUUAUAUUAAAAUAAUGUAUUGCACAAAUUUAAAUAUCCUUAGCUGCCGAAUCACAAGUUUAGAACCUAUGGUGCAUAUAUUGUAAGAUUAAUAUGACAAAUAUGUAUUUUUUAUACAGUAUAUAUUUAAAACUUAAUUAUAAUAUAAUAUUAAUAAGUUCCCUU